AUGUAUUGUCUUCUACUAGUCCCUCUGGUGCCAUGGGUUCUGCUGGUCGUGAUCUUUAGUAUCAACCUGUCUGGAUUGGGUACUGUCCUAGCUGUCCAUAACCUGCUGUCCGGCUCCACCAAUGAGCAGAGAGGUGGAUAUUAUUUCAGUGAAAUAUCUCAGGCUUUGGGAAACAGUGUCAACAAUGAAGAUAUGGCUGCCUCUAUACAAGCAGAAAAUUUAUUAUGGGGAAGCAAUGGAUCUGACCUGCAACUCAAUCACAUGCUCGCAUCAUGGCACUGUGUCUCAAUUGGGUCCAUCAAAUUAUUCAAGAUUUAUUACAUCCAGUUCCAGCUCCAGAUCCUCAAGGAUGCUUUGCUACAUGCUUGUGCCAUCAAUAUGCUUGACAUAUUUGAUCCUCUGAAUGAGGACAUUGCUGACGACUACAUCUCAGAAGCUAAUGCACAAUGGAUGGCUGAGCAUCCGUAUUCACAGGGUUUAGUACAUUACACUCCAGUGUCAGAUUCUAGUGACCAAAGCGACUUACACAUGUUCAACAUUGUCAAGAAAAAAUUGCAGAGUUUGGGGAAAGGGAAAAGGGAAAAGGGAAAAGGGAAAGGGAAAAGGGAAAAGGGAAAAAGGGAAAAGGGAAAAGGGAAAGGAAAGAGAAAGGAGAAAAAGAAGGCGGUAGACAAUUAUUGCAGUCACAUUACUCCCCCGUCCUAUAAUCUUUUUUGGUCAGGUGAAGGCUACAAUUUUGCAAAUAUAUUGAACAGAGUGGGACAUGUUGUUGUACCUCUCCAGCAUCCUGCCUUCAAGGAAGCUGUGGUAAUGUUGGCAGAGUGGGGGUCUAGCAGGUGCAUACUAUUGGCAGUAUACACAUACAUCCUGACUAUUUUAUAUCAUGCUUUUGAAUGUCGAUCAAGCGGAAUCCGCAGGGGUAAUGCUUUAUUCAGUGAGGUGCAUUAUCAACACAGGGUAUUUCUUCGAGCCCUGAGGUAUGUCCAAUUUGUUGCUGAACUUUACCCUGAAUUCAAUGCUUGCCGCACUUCACUCUGGAUGCAAAAUAUUGAUCAACACAAUUUUGGCCCACUCGGUGCUCUAAACAAUGCUGACCCAUUUUGA